CUUGAUUUAAUUAAGUUGUGAAAAUGCACACUUCCCCUUUAGGAUGGUAAUCAUGGAAGCACAUAUAUAUAGUAUUUCCACUCAUAUUCUUUAAUACAGUGUGUAUAUAUAUCAACAAGAAAGAUAUCGAAGAAAAAAUGGAUUUGAAGAUUCAAGACGAGAAACAAACUUCAAAUUCCGUGGAAUCAUCAUCACUCGAAGAUACUUCCUCGAGUGAUACUUCUUCCAAGGAAAAUGACUUCUGCCCAAAACGUCUCCAGAAGGAGGCUAAACACUAUAUAGGUGUCAGAACAAGGCCAUGGGGAAAAUUUGCAGCCGAAAUUAGGGAUUCCACUCGAAACGGAAUUAGGGUUUGGCUUGGAACUUUCAACAGCGCGGAAGAAGCUGCAAUGGCUUAUGAUCAAGUUGCUUUGUCAAUGAGAGGUCCAUCAACUUGCCUGAAUUUCCCUGUUGAAAGAGUUAGCAAAAUGUUACAAGAAACAGAGAUGUGUAAUUUCUUCAAGAAUGGAUUGUCACCAGCAGCAGCUUUAAAGGAGAAACACAAAAAGAGAAGUAGUAGUAAUAUUUCAAGAAAGGAAGGAAAAAAGAAACAAGUAGUCAAUGAGGAAGAAAAUAAUAUUGUAUUCAUAUUUGAAGAUUUGGGAAGUGCUCUCUUGGAUGAACUCUUGUCUGAGUAUUCUAGUUCAAAUUAGAAUACUCAAUUUCCAU